AUGUCUGAAAAGAGAAUUCGCAAAAGAAAUAAACCAACGUUUGUUUGUACAAAUUGCAGACGAAGGAAAAUUAGAUGUGACCGAAAAACGCCAUGUUCAUCCUGUGUCAAGUUGAAUAUUGGGUAUACUUGUGUUUACGAUACCUCAUGGAAGGCUGGAGGUAAUUACCAUGAUCCGAACAACACCAAUUCCAAAAGGAUAUCAAUGACAAUUCACGACUUGGAAGAAAUGGAGUAUUUAAGAGCAAGAGUUAACGAGCUAGAAAACGUUCUUUUACGAAGGGACAAGAAAGACAAGGAAACUAUAAAUGAAAACGCCAGCAAGCCUUAUAUUCGUAUACAACCAAUACCGCCUCCAAGGACAUCUGUGUCUGCCAACCCAGUUGUAAACCCUGCUGAUACUUUGAAUUUUUACACCGGGUACACCCCUUUAUACACUAAAAGCAAUAUUCGAAGGGUAAAUUUUGGACCAUUGUCGUGGGUUUCUUUGCUGAAACGAGAUCCUGUGUUGUGCCUUUCGUGGAGGGAAAUUAGUAAUGGAGGAUCCUUUCCAUCAAUUAAUUUGACACAAUUGCCAUUGACACCGGAGAAUAUUGCAAUAUUAAACACUUACAUGACUACUUCUGAAGGAAUGUCUCCAAACAUGGAAAAGUUUUUUCGUCGCAAGUACUUAGAAGUUGAAGGAUAUGAUGAAAGUGUACCAUAUAAUUCUCUGGCAAAAAUUGGUACGAAGCCGCUUGACAAGGAUAGAGUUGGCAACAAGAGAACUGAAUUUGCUUUGAAUAAACCUUCUGAUUUCAAAAUGUCAUUCACACUGAUAAGCCUCGCAAGGACAAUAUUUGAGGGAAAAAUUAACCCCGAACUACAAUUGAUCCAAAAGAUCAAAACCAUUCUACCCACUAGAAAAGUUUUUUGGAGUCUUGUUGAUUUAUUCUUUGGCAAUGUCUAUCCUUUCUUCCCAUUCGUUGACGAAGAGUCUUUCAAAAAUGAUUUGCAAAGAAUAUUUGGCAAAGUAGAUUACGAAAAUAAGCCUUUCUCCAAAGUGAACAUUUGCAAAAAGUUAGAUUUGGCGAUAGUUGCACUAGGCUUUAUUUGCUUGAGAAUGACUUAUUUGUCAUUGUAUUCCAACCGCGAUGCUGUUAAUCGAAAGAUUGUCGAGUCUCCAGACAUGACUACAACUAAAUUUCUUUUUCAAAAUCCAAUCAAUUCUUCAAGUAUUGACGUUGCAAACUCUUGCAUCCAGUGUUUCCAGUUCACUAGAAAAUCCAACUUUAUUGUUUUCCAAGCAAUUUUGUACAUGAGAUUCUACAGAGAGAUAGCUCCCGAGGAAAGCGAGGGCAUUGAUGGCGGCGAUUCCCAAGUUGGGACAGGCUUGAUCAUACAAAUGGCUUACUCGCUUGGCUUGAAUCGCGAGCCUGAUUUGUUGGAUGUCUGCAAUGAUGAAAAGAUAAACCACUUGGGUCGUAAAAUGUGGGCUGCGUUGAUUGCCGCUGACUUUGAGCAUUGCUUGGCAAUAGGGAAUCCAAUCAGUAUACAUUCAAAGAAUUAUGAUGUCUCCCAGCCAAUUUUGACGGAUAGAAACAGCAGUAUUAAAGAUGUUGACAUGGAGGCUGCCGUGACUGAACUAUUUAGCUCGGAGGAUCCUGAGAGACACCUAUUGCAACGUUUGUUGGGCUAUGUCUUGGAUAUGAGGGAUGGAGUCCAAGUAAAUAUUAUCACCAAUGAUCUUCAUGUUCUUGAGAAAGUGAUGGACACACAGUUCAAUGUGUUGCAGAAACAUCGAUUAAAGGAUGAAAUUUUCCAAUCAAAACACACCCGGUCAAGGGUGCAAAAGUUUUUGUAUACUGAAAAGGCAAGAAAGUUUUUAAAAACAAAGGUUGCCAUUACGUCUUUCUAUUACCACUUAUACUUGCACUAUGAGAAGCUGAUGGAUACAGAGCUUUCCUUCUUCUAUUUGUCCAAAAUGUUGUUAAUUGUUACAAAUGAUGUUAUGCCGUAUAUUGAAGACAUAGCCAAUGGUUAUUUAAGCUCAAUGGGAUUGUUUUUGAAUCCCAUUGUGCAACUUGGGUUACUCAAAUCAAAUCAAAUUUUAUUUUCAUGUUUUGCUCGCGUCAAUGCCAUUGUUUACUUGACGGAGAAUUCCAGAGUUCAUAGUGAUAAGUUGGCAGAUGAUGAGAAGUAUCGCGAUCAUUUCAUCAAAUUGAAAGAGUUAUCAGACAAUCUCAAACACACAAUAAAGUUGGCUAGUCAAUUACUUGAAAGAAUGGGGCUGCGAUACUAUUGUGCGUGGAGGAUUUCAAAAUCGCAAGUCACUUUUUUGAAUGUGUUAACUGAAGAUGAGUUUUAUGAAAAGCACAAACUGCAAUUGAAAAGAAUAAAAGGAUUUCAGUUUACAUCUACUCAGUUGGAUACUUUCGCAUUUUUGAUUGCAGAUUUGAAAAAAGUUUUGCAGAAGACGCUAAGAUUCGAUGAUACGGAUGAUUUGACUACGCUCGGACCACUCAAAGAGGAUCUGUAUGACGAGGCACCAGAGAAGGAAUUCACAGAAGCAAAUACAAACUUGGACUUGGAAUCCAGUAUUUUAUCUGGAACUGGAUUGACACCACUUGCUUAUUUGAAUGAAGAAAUGCCACACGAUUUGGUGAAUGAGAAUUUCAACUAUAUUGAUCAUAUGUGGCUACUGCAUGCGGCACUGAAGCAAGAUUCCAGACAAUCAUUUGAGAAUAGCUUAAUCUCGAGUUUAUUCUCUGAUGAAAGCUCAAGAAGUAUGACCAAUAGCUCUUCUUUGGUACCAUGCAAUGACGUUAGCGUCGCGAGCUCGCCUAAUAAAGCAGGUGAAGGGCUGGCCAUCGGCUCAUCGUGUCAAGCUCCAGUUCAACUGCUGUUGUUGCAGCUGCUGUUUUUGCAAAAGGAACUGAUUUCUUCGCAGUUAAGUAACGUCGUGCCGUCUCCGAGACAUGAUUUGUUGCCACUUCCGUCGCUUUUCAAAAGCAACAAAGAAUAUGAAGAUAGUGAUGAAUUUGUGGACGACGAGUCUGGGUUCUCGUAUCACCCUUUUCUGUGA